AUGGCUGUCAAAUCAACUUCUUCACUCUCUAUACUAGAAGAGCUCCUCACUUGUUCUGCCUGUCUUGAAUUCUUUGUUAAUCCUAAGACAUUAUCCUGUCAUCAUUCUUUCUGCCAAACUUGUCUAGAGGAAUUACCAAAAGAGAAUGCCCAUUCAUUUCUUUGUCCUACUUGUCGUUGUCGUACACAAUUACCUGAUGGAGGAGUAGCUGGCCUUCCUACUGCUUUCUACCUUGUCAAGUGUAAAGAGAUACACAGUCAAAUGAAGAAGGAGACCAAAUGUGAUAACUGUAGCAAGAGCAAUGCUGUCGGUUACUGUAAAAUGUGUCACGAAUCACUUUGUGCUAAUUGUGUUGAAGUACACAAUAAGUGGAGUAGGUUCUCUAAUCAUAAGAUAGUUGAUGUCAUUUUGGUACAGAAUUUACUGUCAGUUGUUGAACAGUUUAGAGAAGUAAAGGGCGCACUGACUGAUAGAAUAAAGAAAGGAAGAGAGACCAAGCCACUUCGAGAAAGUCAGAGGGAUUAUGACCAAUCAUGGAACAUCGACAAAUUGCUACAUUUCUUAACUGAAGAAGGAAAAUCCUUUCAAGAUCUUUCUAAAGAUGAUGAAGCAGACCAUCUAUUUGUAUCACUAAUGGAGCUCAACAGUCUUCUGGUUAAGCAAGAUUUGAGUGCGUUCAAAGAUUAUGAUGGAGCUGCUAUUGCUAUUUCUCGCACUGUCCUACAGCAAUGUACCAUCAAAGUGAAUGAAGUUAAUUGCACUGAUUCAAGGUUGCUGUCAUUCUCUUUGUCUAUUGAAUUACCUGCCUAUGGUCGUGUCGUCAUUCCAGUCUCUUCAAUCAAGUGUCGGUUAAUCCCAAUCAUCAAAGGAAAAGAGCAACAUAAAGAUAAGUAUAAGAUCACAACCACUAGUGCCCCUGGAAUAUAUAAAGUUGAUUGCUGUCCAUUGGCUAGUGGUGCUCAUAGUUUAUCAGUUCAUAUUUAUGAUGUGCAGCUUGAGUCUGUAUCACUGAUGGUUCCAUUUAAUCCUCACUUUGAUACCAUAGCUCCAGCUCGUGCCAUAUGCAAACUGUCAACAAGUUCUAAUGUUGUUGUUGGUAAUAAUGGCAUUGUUAUGUUCACUCAAGUCUAUACAGUAGCUGAAUUUCGUUGGAACUGUGAUAUCAAAUAUUUUAAUUCGCAGGAUAUUACUAGAGCAGCUGCUUCUAUUGUUAAGACUUACAAAGUAGCUCGCAAUGUUUACUUUUCAUCCAAAAAUGAUGUCAUUGUGAUAUCAAAACAAUUUAUUGAAAUUUUGACAUUAAAAGGAACUUUGCCUCAUCUAUCACUGGCUAUAUACAUUGCUGAUGGAGAUAGAGUUCACAUUUUGUCUUCUGAUCUAGGAUACAUUCGUUCCUUUGGCAAGAAUGGAGAAGGCAAUCGAGAGUUCAAGGGAGUCAAUGGUAUCGCUAUUGCAGUCAUUGAUGGUGAGGAGUUUUUGUAUGUCACUGAUGGAGGUAAUCAUCGCAUUCAAAAGUUCACUCAUCUUGGGGAAUAUUUGUCUACUUUUGGCACACAGGGAUCUGAUCCUGGCCAACUGAAGAACCCUUAUGGUAUUACUGUUGGUACUGGCAAUCUCCUCUAUAUAACAGAGUGUGGGAAUCAUCGUAUCUCAGUAUUCACUUUUAGAGGUGAUUUUGUUCGUUGUUUUGGAGGUCAAGGUACUAAUAUUGACCAGUUCAAUCAUCCAAAUGUAAUAACAUUCGAUAGUAAUGGAGUAAUGUAUGUUUAUGACUCUAACAACAAGAGACUAAUACUGUAUUAA